AUGGUUCGCAAUAUCGUGGUCUUCGGCGGCUCGUCGCAUCCGACGCUGACCGACACGAUUUGUGAGAUUCUAGGCAUCCAGCAAGGUUCAGCCCUCUUCUCGAAAUUUUCUGUCGGUGAGACUCGAGUCGAGAUCGGAGAAUCCGUCCGUGGGAAAGAUGUCUAUAUCAUACAGUCAGGAGGUGGAAAGGUCAAUGAUCAUUUCAUUGAACUUCUGAUCGCCAUCUCGGCGUUCAAGACCGCCUCGGCCAAAAAGGUCACCGCGGUACUUCCGCUAUUCCCAUACUCGAGACAGUCGGAUAUACCCUACAACAAGACCGGAGCACCCCUGGUCAAGGCCUCGAGCAUGUCCAACAAGCUGGUCGCGGACUCGACCGGCUACACAUUCGACAGCAUUCCGCCCACACCACAUCCAGACAGGGGAGAAAGCCAUGGUCUGGCCAAUGGACAUCCUCUUCACAAAGCAGCCUCUAGAACUCAACUCGACGAGGUCGAGAAUAGCCCGACGCACCAAGCUCGCUUCAGUCACUAUCGGGACUCGAGCACGCAUUCCAGCACUAAGUCCGCAGAGUACUUCCCAGGCCCUCGAAAACGGGGCGAUUCCGUCACAUCCCUUACCAACGGGGCUGGCAACAAUGAGUCUCCACAGACUGUCGACCCUCAGGACCAUUUCAAACCCCGUCCUGGCUAUCGUCAAUGGGUCGCCCAAGCUGGUACCCUCGUGGCCGACCUUCUCACGUGUGCUGGGGCAGAUCACAUCAUCACAAUGGACUUGCACGAUCCUCAGUACCAGGGUUUCUUCGACAUUCCAGUGGACAACCUCUACGGUCGGCCAUUGUUGAAAAAAUAUAUUCAGCAAAACAUUCCGGACUACAAGAACGGCGUGAUUGUCAGUCCCGAUGCAGGUGGUGCGAAGCGGGCUACAGCGAUCGCCGACUCAUUGGGUAUGGACUUUGCCCUUAUUCACAAAGAACGCCGUCCAACUAAGAUCACCGACCGCCAAAAUGCCACUAUGAUGUUAGUUGGCGACGUUACCGGGAGGGUUGCCAUUUUGAUUGACGACUUGGCCGACACCAGCAACACAAUCACUCGAGCCGCCAAGUUGCUGAAAAAAGAGGGCGCAAGCAAGGUUUACGCUCUCGUCACUCAUGGUGUUUUGAGCGGUGAUGCUAUUGAUCGGAUCAAUGCGAGCGCUCUGGACAAGGUCAUCGUUACGAACACCGUUGAUCAGCAAGAUCAUCGCAGACGAUGUCCUAAACUGGAGGUGCUGGAGGUUGGACACGUGUUUGCCGAGGCUAUCCGACGAGUGCAUUAUGGAGAAAGCAUUAGUGUCCUCUUUCAAUACGACUAA